AUUUUGAAUGUUUUGUGUGUUUGUGAAAAUCCCUCCAUGUAUAUACUUGUACUUUGUUCCUAUUGAUUCCCUUAGUUGUACAUUGUUGUAUUUUGAUUACAUUUGAGUUGUUAAUACUUGUAUUUUUUAUUAUAGUUUUUGUUUUCUUACGCAUUCACUAAGUUUGUGUUUCUUCCUGAACUGCAUCUGUGUUGUUUUACUUGACACUUGUUCUUGGCGGUAGCCAUAUUGAAUUGUUCCUCCUGUUGUGUGUGAUCUAUCCAGCCAGGAUAGAAUAACGUUGAUUUGUUGUGAUUGAUUUGAUCAAUUGAACAAUUAUUGGUUGGAUAGCUGAGUGGUUAUAUUUGUUUAGAACCGCUAUCUUACCUAAUUACUUUGUUUUGGUUUCAAUCGGGCGAGGGCGCGUAUCUAACUCAUCCAGACAGCUGUCCAGCAGUCCAAACGUAGUUUGGAUCUUACAGUUCUAAACAAAUAUUUGGUCGAAUUCGUUUGGCUUUCGUUUCGUUGAUUCCAAUCAUCGUCUCUGGGAAUAUCUGGUCGUUCGCUUGCGAUGCCAAACAAUCGUCGAAGGAAAUUAAGUCCAAGGCUCGUGGAUGUUAAAAGAGAUGAACAAAAGGAUGGAUCCCCUCAGUCAAGGCAAGUGCCUUCUGAUGCUUCUAUGUGUCAUGGUUCAUAUUCUAAUAGGGACGAUUGUAAUUAUAGUGAAUCUAGUUGUGAUAUAAUGGCAGAUGGCAUAGAAAACCUUAAUUUAGACUUGAAGCAAGCAAAAAGCGUAAGGCCUACGGCGUUUUUCAUAGGUCCAGAGUUACCAAAGGUUGAGUUAAGUUAUUUCGACGGUCAACCAAGAGGUUACUGGAAGUUUUUAAGGGAGUUUGAGACCUAUGUGGAAUCAAGGGUCAAGGAUGAUGGUCAACGCUUGCUUUAUUUGAUACAUUAUUGUAAGGGUAAAGCGAAAACAGCCAUUGAGGGUUGUGUUAUGUUGGAAGCCUCUUUUGGUUACAAGAAGGCCAAGGAAAUUCUAAAACGGUUGUUCGGACAGGCGCAUGUAAUCGCUCGGGAGACUUUAGAGGACUUAUUCAAAACUACAAAUGUUGAUUACAGUGAUCCUGAGCAACUAACAAAUCUAGCUAUUAGGAUGGAAAAUUGUUCUAUGGUUUUGAAACAGAUGAAGUACACUGCCGACUUAAAUUCUCUAAUUACCUUAGAGAGAAUAGUAGGACUCUUACCUCAAGUUAUGCAAGCACAGUGGGCGGACUGGGUGGAUGAGUUGACUGAAGAUAAUAGAGAACCAACCUUUGACGAGCUUACUCAAUUUAUAGCAUUCCGCGCGAGAGUAGCUAGUAGUAGGUUUGGACGGUUAGCGAAUCGUCCGAGAAAGGGACACAACUUAAAGACAAAUUGUCACUUGCAAUUGGAGCGGGAGAAUAAUUCAAAAGAGAAAGCUAAAUGCAGUGUGUGUUCCCUGGACCAUGCUAUUUAUAAAUGUCCAAAAUUUUUAGCGCUUACCGUUCAAGAGAGAUGGUCUCACGCGAAGGUUAAUGGCAUCUGUUUUGUCUGCCUUAGGCAAGGGCAUAAAGUUAAUGAAUGUAAGCUGGAAAAACGUUGUAACGUUAAUAGUUGUGAGAAGAAACACCAUUCUUUGCUGCACAGCGAAAGUGAUAAACCUGGUAUCCCGAAUUGUUGUGGAUUUACUAAAUCCCUAAGUAGCCAAGUGUGCUUAGGAAUGAUUCCUGUACGUUUGGUGUUGGGAAAUGCCGAAAUGGUGGGUUAUGCUUUGUUGGAUAACGGAUCUGAUGUAACGUUGAUAAAAUCGAGCUGUUUGAGGUAUCUCGGGUUGAAGGAAGACCGAGCGUCAGUGGUAGUAGAGACUGUGAGUGGUAAUAGGACAAUGACGGUCACAAAGACUCCUUUUGAGGUGUAUUCUCUAGAUCGGUCUGAACAUGUUACGAUCGAAGGGGCUCUGAUUGUCGCAGAUAUUCCAGGUCAUAAGCCAACAAGGUCGGCAGUGAACAACUUAGUUAAAUGGCCACAUUUAAGGGAUGUACCAAUAGGCAACCUAGACUCUGAAGAAGUUCUGCUGUUGAUUGGUUGCGAUGUACCAGAGGCACACUGGGUGUUAGACCAGAGGUUGGGUGGAAGAAAAGGCCCGUACGCUGUGAAGACGUUGUUGGGGUGGACGGUCUUCGGACCUGCGUCAUAUCCGGAAUACAGGAAAAGAGUUGUCAAUCAUACCAGUAAGAUACAGGCUUUGGAGAACGAAAUACGUAAACUUUAUGAUGUAGAGUUCUCUGAUGUUUAUUCAAAUGAUAAAUCAGUAUCAAUAGAAGAUAAGGCGGCUAUAAGUAUUGUAGAAGGGGGCACACGCUUCGAAAAUGGUCAUUUUGUAGUCCCUAUACCAUGGAAGGGGAACCCAGAUAUGAAAGGGGGGAAUUAUGAAGUGGUAAACAGUAGGCUACAGAGUUUGAAGCGUAGAUUGUUGAAAGAUGACAUUCUGUAUAUCAAGUAUACAAAAGGUAUUGAAAGUAAUUUUAUUAAGGGCUAUGCGGAGAAAGUCCCUGAAAUACAAGUGCAACCUAGUUAUCGACCCCGGUGGUAUUUACCUCACCAUGCAGUUUUAAACCCGAAAAAACCGGAAAAACUGAGAGUGGUAUUUGACUGUGCCGCCAAGUUUGCAGGCGUUUCUCUAAACGAUAUGAUUUAUCAGGGUCCCGACACAACUGCGGAGUUAGUGUGUAUACUAUUGCGUUUUCGCAAGGAAGCGGUCGCAAUCUCUGCGGAUGUGGAAGAAAUGUUCAUGCAAGUAAAGGUCCCUGAGUCUGAUCGAGGAGCCUUAAGAUUUCUGUGGUGGCAAGAGGGAGACAUGGCGAGGGAACCAUCCGAGUUUCAAAUGACAUCUCAUCCAUUUGGUGCUACAUCAUCGCCGUUUUGCGCGAACUUCGCCUUGAAUAAGACGGCACAAAUAUUCUCUGACGGUUAUGAUGGUUAUGUCGUAGAUGCUGUUAAGAAUAAUUUCUAUGUUGAUGACUGCUUCGUAUCCUUUCCCACUUGUGAUCAAGCAAAGAGUUUCGUUAAGCAGAUAAGUGAAUUAUUAUGUAGAGGAGGUUUUAAACUAAAGAAAUGGGUUACUAACUCGGAGGAGGUAAGGACCAUCUUGCCCGAUGUAUGUAAAGAAGAGUCCUUGAUAGAAAUGUCAGCGAGUUAUGACACUACACAUCGAACUCUAGGAGUAGAGUGGGAUUUUAAACGAGAUGUAUUCAAGUUUUACUUCGAUGCGCCUGAAAGGCCUCUGACUAGGAGAGGGAUUCUAUCUAUAGUUUCUUCUCUGUUCGAUCCUUUGGGUUUAAUUGCUCCAGUCUGUCUUACUGCCAAGGUUCUCUUGCAAAAACUAUGUAAGUCUCAAUUAGGCUGGGAUCAGCCUCUCAACGAGCCAUACGUGUCGGCGUGGCUAAAUUGGGUAAACUUUAUGCGUCAAAUAGGUCAUGUUACGGUAGAUAGGGGUAUCAAGAAGAGAAUUGACGAACCCGACGCGGAAGUAGAAUUGCACCUGUUCAGUGACGCUUCGGAGAUCGGUUACGGAGCAGUCGCGUACGCUCGAGUCAGUUAUUUGAAGGAACAACCCUACUGUAUUUUGUUAUACAGCAAGUCUAGGGUAGCACCUAUCAAACAGAUCACUAUACCGAGGCUAGAGAUGGCAGCGGCAGUGUUAAGUGUGAGGCUUAGCGAAGUCUUACGGAGAAGUCUGCCUAAUUUUUUCUGUAAGGUAAACUUCCAUACAGAUUCCAUGGUAGUAUUGUACUACAUCAAGAAUAUCGAGAAUCGCUAUAGCACCUAUAUAGCUAACCGUCUCGCCAUUGUGCAUCAGUAUACGAAGAUUGAACAAUGGAGUUAUGUAAGGUCGUCACAGAAUCCAGCUGAUUGGACCUCGAGAGGUAUACAAAAAUGUCAGAUCUUGAGCUUUGGUUCAAAUGUCCUACUUUACUGCAUGGCGAAUUUUGUACAGCAAUCACUGACUGUCCGGAACCUACUCCUGACGAUAUUGAGUUUAGAAAAACUGCCGUGGUUAACUUGAGUAGUAUAAAGUACAACAUGUCACCUAUUCUCGCUUAUUAUUCUGAGUGGUUGAAAUUAGUCAGGGCCGUAGCCUGGCUUAGAAGGUUCAUAGAAUUUCUGAUGGUGCUUCGUUCACCGAGUCAUGAAGGAUCCGUUCAUCUAGGGUGUUUAAAGGUCAAAGAACUUGACGUCGCCAAGCGUAAAAUUUUGUUGAUGGUUCAGAAAGAAGUGUAUGGAGAAAUACUUAGUGGAUUUAAAACCAAUGGUAAGGUAGUUAGUCACAAUGAUCUGAAGGGCUUAUCACCGAUAAUGCUUGAUGGGUUACUCUGUGUUGGAGGCCGACUAAGCUACUCAGAUUUCUCAAAUGCCUUUAAACAUCCAAUAAUAUUGCCCAGUCGACACUUAGUGACAGAAAUGAUAAUUAGACAUUAUCAUAAGGAACAAGGGCACACAGGAACGUCACAAGUACUGGCCACGAUUCGAAAAAGGUAUUGGAUAAUAAAAGGAACCAGCACGGUUAAGAGAGUGAUAGGAAAGUGUGUGACAUGCCGGCGGUAUACGAUGGUUACAGGGCAACAAUUGAUGGCACCACUUCCAGCUUGUAGAGUGCAACAAGGAUGGUAUUGCUUCUCAGCCGUGGGAGUAGACUACUUUGGACCCCUUUUUGUCAAAAGAGGAAGAUCACUAGAAAAAAGAUAUGGGUGUGUAUUUACUUGCUUGCAAACCCGAGCAGUUCAUAUUGAAAUGACACAUAGUUUGAAUACUGAUUCGUUUAUAAUGGCCUUGCUACGUUUCAUUGGAAGAAGAGGGAAACCUGCAGAAAUUUACAGUGACAAUGGGUCGAAUUUCGUGGGUGCGGUCUCUGAACUAAAGAGAUUUGUGCAACAGUUGAAUCAGCAAAGGAUAGACAAGGAACUGUCAGCUAGGCAGAUUCAGUGGCAUUUUAACCCGCCCUCAUCCAGCCACAGGGGUGGGGUUUGGGAAAGGAUGAUUAGGUCUAUACGUAGACUGUUAUUGUUGAUAACUAGAGAACAGACUUUAACUGAUGAGACCUUAAGCACUUAUUUGAUUGAAGUUGAAAGGAUAUUGAACGAUCGACCCUUAACUUCAGUCGUCCAAGAUGCUAACGAUCAACUAGCCUUGUCGCCAAACAGUCUGUUAUUAUUGAGAGAAUGUGACGGAAUAGUCGAAGAAGGUAGCAUCAGAGAUAAAUAUGACAAACGAUGGAAACAGGUUAAUCAUCUUGCUAAUGUGUUUUGGAAAAGGUGGUUAAGAGAGUAUUUACCGUCUUUACAGAAGCGUCAAAAAUGGUUAGUUGAACAUCGCAAUUUUCAGAAAGGUGAUGUAGUGAUCGUGGCUUCGGACAUAUCGACCCGUGGAAAGUGGCCCUUAGGAGUAGUUGAAGAUUGUAAAAUAGAUGACGACGGAAGAGUUAGAACAGUGGUUGUUCGUACGAACGGUGGAUUAGUCAGAAGAGAUAUACGUAGAUUAUGCCUCCUGGAAGGCACGAAUUAAUUCCUCGCGUAUCAAUGUAAGUAGGUCGAGUAGGCGUACUGUUGUAAGUCCUACUCGUUCCUGUAGUGCGAUAUGUUAUAUAAUGAACCAUGACCGUAGACAUCAAGGUAGCUUGUGUGGUAUGGAGGGAUUUUGGGGGCCGGUGUAAGAUCCAUUUUGAAUGUUUUGUGUGUUUGUGAAAAUCCCUCCAUGUAUAUACUUGUACUUUGUUCCUAUUGAUUCCCUUAGUUGUACAUUGUUGUAUUUUGAUUACAUUUGAGUUGUUAAUACUUGUAUUUUUUAUUAUAGUUUUUGUUUUCUUACGCAUUCACUAAGUUUGUGUUUCUUCCUGAACUGCAUCUGUGUUGUUUUACUUGACACUUGUUCUUGGCGGUAGCCAUAUUGAAUUGUUCCUCCUGUUGUGUGUGAUCUAUCCAGCCAGGAUAGAAUAACGUUGAUUUGUUGUGAUUGAUUUGAUCAAUUGAACAAUUAUUGGUUGGAUAGCUGAGUGGUUAUAUUUGUUUAGAACCGCUAUCUUACCUAAUUACUUUGUUUUGGUUUCAAUCGGGCGAGGGCGCGUAUCUAACUCAUCCAGACAGCUGUCCAGCAGUCCAAACGUAGUUUGGAUCUUACAGAUACAACCUGGAGGUGCUUGGGAUCAGUGAAACACAUUGGACGCAAGUCGGACAACAACGACUAGGUUCAGGGGAGUUUCUAAUAUACUCCAACCACAAAGAAUAAAAUGCCCCACAUACACAAGGAGUUUCACUUAUAGGAUGGGAAUCUCAUGGACCAAGGAUCAUCAAAGCCUCCUUCAAAACAAAGAAAGAGGGCAUUUCAAUAAACAUCAUCCAAUGCUAUGCGCCUACCAACGACUACAAUGAAGACGCUAAAGAUCGAUUCUACAAUAGGCUGCAGUCAAUCAUCGAGAAGUGCCCAACAAAAGACCUGACCAUUCUGUUG